AGUCGCUUCGAGUCUACCUGCGGAAGUUCAGAUACCCUCCCUCCCACCCCCACUCAGAGGCAACCUAGCUUGCUGAUACAAGGAAGCUCUCGACCAGCAAUGGCAGUUGCCGGUGCUCUCUUCUUCCUCCUCUCCUCCCUCUGCCUCCUCGCCCGGCACGCCGCGGCCGGCGGGUACGGCGGGUGGCAGAGCGCCCACGCCACGUUCUACGGAGGCGGCGAUGCUUCCGGCACAAUGGGCGGGGCGUGCGGGUACGGCAACCUGUACAGCCAGGGCUACGGCACCAACACGGCGGCGCUGAGCACGGCGCUCUUCAACGACGGCGCGGCCUGCGGCUCCUGCUACGAGCUGCGCUGCGACAGCGCCGGCCGCUCCUGCAACCCCGGCUCCAUCAUGGUUACCGCCACCAACUUCUGCCCGCCCAACUACGGCCUCCCCAGCGACGACGGCGGCUGGUGCAACCCGCCGAGGCCGCACUUCGACAUGGCCGAGCCAGCCUUCCUCCACAUCGCGCAGUACCGCGCCGGCAUCGUGCCCGUCGCAUACAGGAGGGUCCCGUGCGUGAAGAAGGGCGGCAUCCGCUUCACCGUCAACGGCCACUCCUACUUCAACCUGGUGCUGGUCACCAACGUCGCCGGCGCCGGCGACGUGCGCACCGUCUCCAUCAAGGGCACGCGCACCGGCUGGCAGGCCAUGUCGCGCAACUGGGGCAUGAACUGGCAGAGCAACGCCGACCUCGACGGACAGUGCCUCUCCUUCAGGGUCACCUCAAGCGACGGCCGCACCGUCACAAGCAACGCCGCCGCGCCCGCGGGGUGGCAGUUUGGCCAGACAUUCGAGGGCGCACAGUUCUAGCUUCCUCCUCCUGUUCCUCCUCCAUCUCCGCAAGCAUUGGCGAUCGAGGAAGAAGAAGCGAAGCAAUGAUCCAUUCAACAAUUAAUUAUUCUGCACUCGCUUCGUUAUACAGGUUCCCGGCCGGGCUAUGCUGAGGCUGCUAAUUAGCACCCGCUUAGUAGACGUUUCUUUCACUUCUCUCGAUUCAGGUCUCAAGUUUAUUAAAGGCUUGAGAACAAGCUAGUCCAUCAAGUACUUACUCAAGUACACCGUAGUAGCAGUGUGGCACUCCUUGAUGAAGAAAGAAAAGGAGCUUAUAAUUGCAUUAGGUACCACUAUUACUAGUUUGCUAGUACUACCUUUGAUGGUUUGUACUCUACUACCAGCAUGUACUGGAUGGUGGCCUUUGUGAUGAAAUUGAAAAUCACAAGGUCAUAUUUAAGGAAGGAUCCAUCGAUUGAUGUUCUACCAUAGAA